AUGCCUACCUCACAUUUCAUCAAAGCGGAAAUCAUCGUCAAUGGCUGUGCCCUCGACGAGUAUUCUGACGUUGAAGCAACAGAUCAUCCAACCAGCUACAUUCAGGCAGAGCCCGGACAAGAAUACGCCAUCAGAGUCACACUGUUGGAAGGCUUCAGAAAGAUGAAGGCGAUCAAUCUCAUUGUUGAACUAACCAUUGACGGCACUCCUAAUAAUGGCAAAUUCGAGUACAGAGAGAUCAACGAUAUGCCCUGGAAGAUUGGCAUCUUACAGCACGAGAAGAUCGCUAAGUUCAUCCAAUAUACCGACGGAUUCGACAAACAGAGAGGUCAAUGGCGUCGCUAUGCGUUCAAAUUCGGUCACCUAGCUAUGAGCGAGGACGAGAAGCUCCCGCAAGGGCUUCGCAGCGACACGAUGCGCCAGCUUGGUUCCAUCAAGGUAGUUGUCUAUCGCGCUGGUAGACUCACUCCUGUUCGGCAUUCGGAGCACGACCCAGAGGAUUAUUGGGAAAUACCUGACAAUCUGAGUUCUGUCCCGGAGAAAGUCCUGAAGGGAGCAGACAUCAAUGCAACUACAAACUACCACCCUAAAGCGCAAACGCAGAGGAACGACUUCUUCGUAAAAGGUGGAUAUCUGAGCGGUGAUGCAGGUCGCGAACAACACUUUACCUUCCUCUACAGAAGCAAAGCUGCCCUUCAACGUCUCGACUAUCUUCCCCGCGAUCGCACACCCACGCCUGACCCAGCUCCUGCGAUUCCAGAAGCUCGUUCCAUGACACAGGCAGAAGUUGACGAACUCAAAGCACAGAUUGGCCGCUUGCAGGCACGUCUCCCCACGGUACUUGUCAAGACCGAGUCCGAAGAGCGGCUUUCCCCAGAUGUCAAGGCCGAGCCCGAGGAUCGUAAGCGCACUCGCCAGGAGUACGAUGCCGAGGAUGACGGCUCUGAUAUUGAGGAAGUUGCACCACCUGCUAAGAAGCGUGGCCCUAUUAUUGAGAUCAGCGACGACGAGGACUAG